AUUUUUUAAAAUGCUUAUUGUGAGAACCAAUUCAAAGAGAAACAAGCUGGCUUUAGCCAGCGUUCUACAUGAAUGCUGCCUGCCUUCUCCCUCGCUCUUCUCUUGCAGCGAAGACCAACACUGGUCAGCUGAAGCUUCUCCUUCCUUCUUUACUACAGAAAUGUUCUUCCAAGGACGUUGGAUCUCUGUACGCAGCCAUGAUGAAGAACAAUUUUCUCCACGACUCCUUCAUCAUCAACCAAUUUUUGGCUGCAUGCAGCCGGCUCCAUCAAAUUUACCACGCCUCCCUCGCAUUCACCCAAAUUGCAGAACCCAAUAUCUUCGUCUACAAUGCAAUGAUUGGUUGUUUUAUAAACUGUUCUGCACCACUUGAUGCCCUCCAGCUGUUUGUAGAAAUGCGUAAGCAACAACACCAGCCCACCUGUCAUACCUUCUCCCACAUCAUCAAAGCCUGUACACAGGUCCCAACUUUUGGAUUCGGUGAAGCCGUUCAUGGCCAGGUUAGAAAAAGUGGCUUAGUCUGUCAUCUCAUUCUACAAACCGGGUUGAUUGAUUUCUACUCUAUCUUGCACAGAAUAGAAGAUGCAAGGAAAGUGUUUGAAGAAAUGAUCGUUAAAGAUGACUUCGCAUGGAACACGAUGAUAUUUGGAUACACCCUCCUUGGAGAUUUAAAUGCCGCGCGUAAACUGUUUGAUCAAAUGCCUGAGAGGAAUACAGUGUCUUGGAACGCUAUAAUUGCAGGAUAUGCCAGGUUGGGGGAUGUAGAGACCGCGGCAUCUCUCUUUAAGCUGAUGCCAAGAAAGAAUUUGAUCUCAUGGACAAGCAUGAUUUCUUGUUAUUCUCAAAACAGGCUAUUCAAAGAAGCUCUGGAGACAUUUGAUGCCAUGAAAGCUGCAGGAAUGAACCCAGACAAGGUCACAAUGGCAACUGUGAUAUCUGCUUGCGCUCAUCUCGGAGCGCUUGAAACUGGCAGCAGAAUGUACAGGAUAACAGUGCUGAAUGGAUUCCCUAUAGAUGUAUAUACAGGUUCAGCUUUGAUUGACAUGUACGCGAAAUGUGGAAACAUAGAAAAAUCUUUGGUCAUCUUCUUCAAGCUGGAAAGUAAGAACCUCUUCUGCUGGAAUUCCAUCAUUGAUGGACUUGCAAUGCACGGGCGCCCCGAAGAUGCAUUUUACAUGUUCUCAAAGAUGGCAGAGAGUUCAGAAAAGCCGAAUAGUGUUACAUUUGUCAGCAUUCUCAGUGCCUGCAAUCAUGGAGGGCUUGUGGAAGAAGGCCGAAUGAUGUUUCUGAGAAUGGUUGAGGAUCAUUCAAUCGUCCCUGAGAUGGAGCAUUACAGCUGCAUGGUGGAUCUACUGGCCCGCGCCGGUCUGGUGCAGGACGCGCUUGAUUUGAUAAGAAAGAUGGUGAUUGUUCCAAACUCGGUCAUAUGGGGAGCUCUGUUGAGUGGGUGCAAGAUUCAUGGAAAUAUGGAAGUUGGGCAGAUUGCCAUGGAAAGACUGAUUUCAUUGGAUCCAGGUAAGAGUAGCAGCUAUAUGCUGUUAGUAGAUAUGUAUGCCAAAGAGAAUAGGUGGAUGGAGGUUGUUGCUGUGAGGAGGAAGAUGAAAGAGAUGGGAGUUCAGAAAGUGAGUUCGGGUUGUAGUUGGACUGAGAUUGAUGGGCUGGUUCACGAAUUUGUUGCAUCUGAUACUUCGCACCCUUCAUCUGAACAAAUAAUUUCGUUAUUGUUUGAAUUAUUUGGUCAUAUGAAACUUGAAAGGUUCAAUGGUAGUAUGUCUAAUAUGUUCUGUUUCUGCCACAGCUAAAGUUCAGUUCCUAUGUAUUCACAUAUAUAACACCUAAACUUUACUAGGGGGCAGUAUUGGUAAA